GCAGAUGGUGACAUGUCAACAACAAGUAUGGCAACUAAUAGCAACUACUGGGAAGAUUUGCGUAAACAGGCCAGGCAGCUGGAGAAUGAGUUGGACCUGAAGCUGGUCUCUUUCUCUAAACUGUGCACAAGCUACAGCAGCAGCAGCUUGAACCCGAGGACAAGAGACAGCAGGUCUGACUCUGUUGGUUCAUCUCAAGACAAUAUGCUGGUGGCCAUGACAACUGAGCUGGAGCAGCUCUUGGCCUGUCUAUCAUCAGUAAAUGAUAAAAUGGCAGAAUACACAAACACCCCAGGAACUUCAACACAUAACGCAGCCUUGAUGCACACCUUACAAAGACACAGAGACAUUUUACAGGAUUAUACUCAUGAGUUCCACAAAACCAAAACCAACUUUUUCAACCUGAGAGAGCGUGAAGACCUGCUGGGCUCUGUUCACAGAGACAUUGAGUCCUAUAAAAGCAGCUCAGGGGUGAACAACAGAAGGACUGAGCUUUUCCUGAAAGAACAUGAACACCUCAAAAGCUCGGAUCGGCUUAUUGACAAUGCAAUAAGCAUCGCCAUGGCUACCAAAGAGAACAUCACGUUUCAGCGGGGGAUGUUGAAGUCCAUCCAGACCAGGGUCACAACUUUGGCCAAUCGUUUCCCAGCCAUCAACAACCUCAUCCAGAAAAUCAAUUUGCGCAAGAGGCGGGACUCUUUAGUCCUAGGCGGAGUGAUUGGCAUCUGCACCAUACUCCUGUUGCUCUAUACUUUCCACUGAUUCACUGGUUAAACCUGAUUUUCUUACUGACAGUUUUUUUAAGGGCAGAAACAUGUUCAGGAUAAGGUUUUAUAUUCGUACAUGUUAAUCAUUUUAUUAUAAUUUACUUUUAAAAGAGUUCAUCAAGAGAGAAUUGUCCUUUUUAAAACAAAUGAGAUUAAACAUAAGUCUUAAUGGAGGGAUUGAACUCACAGAUCAGAGUUUAUUUAUUUUCUGAAUGAUAUGAACAUUUUCAUCUGAAGUUGUAUAUUGCUGCUUAUAUACGGUUGUAUCUUUAACUCUUUGUAAAUGCUCGAUGUCAUAUUUUCCUGUUGAUGUCAUAUCUUUUUAUGUAGCAAUGGCAGUGCCUAAUAAAAAAUAAAUAAAUAAAUAAA